GUUUGGCUGGUUGCUAAGGCGAGGUUGGCGGCUACCGGGACGGGUGAGUGGCUGGCGCUUUUCAUGGUGCACUCCGUUUGAUCAGGUGAGCCGGUUCCAAGAUGGCGGCAGGGGUGGCCGGGUGGGGGGUUGAGGCAGAGGAGUUCGAGGAUGCACCUGAUGUGGAGCCGUUGGAGCCUACGCUUAGCAACAUCAUCGAGCAGCGCAGCCUUAAGUGGAUCUUCGUCGGGGGAAAGGGGGGUGUGGGCAAGACUACCUGCAGCUGCAGCCUGGCAGUUCAGCUCUCCAAAGGGCGUGAGAGUGUUCUGAUCAUCUCCACAGACCCAGCCCACAACAUCUCAGAUGCUUUUGACCAGAAGUUCUCAAAGGUGCCUACCAAGGUCAAAGGCUAUGACAACCUCUUUGCUAUGGAGAUUGACCCCAGCCUGGGCGUGGCGGAGCUGCCCGAUGAGUUCUUCGAGGAAGACAACAUGCUGAGUAUGGGCAAGAAGAUGAUGCAGGAGGCCAUGAGCGCCUUCCCAGGCAUCGACGAGGCCAUGAGCUACGCCGAGGUCAUGAGGCUGGUGAAGGGCAUGAACUUCUCGGUGGUGGUGUUCGACACGGCGCCCACGGGCCACACACUGAGGCUCCUCAACUUCCCAACCAUCGUUGAGCGGGGCCUGGGCCGCCUCAUGCAGAUCAAGAACCAGAUCAGCCCUUUCAUCUCACAGAUGUGCAACAUGCUGGGCCUGGGGGACAUGAACGCAGACCAGCUGGCCUCAAAGCUAGAGGAGACGCUGCCUGUCAUUCGCUCCGUCAGCGAACAAUUCAAGGACCCUGAGCAGACAACCUUCAUCUGCGUGUGCAUCGCUGAGUUCCUGUCCCUGUAUGAGACAGAGCGCCUGAUCCAGGAACUGGCCAAGUGUAAGAUCGACACACACAAUAUCAUUGUCAACCAGCUGGUCUUCCCCGACCCCGAGAAGCCCUGCAAGAUGUGCGAGGCCCGCCACAAGAUUCAGGCCAAGUAUCUAGACCAGAUGGAGGACCUGUAUGAAGACUUCCACAUCGUGAAGCUGCCGCUGUUACCCCAUGAAGUUCGGGGGGCAGACAAGGUCAACACCUUCUCAGCCCUCCUCCUAGAGCCCUAUAAGCCCCCCAGCACCCAGUAGCACCGCCAGCCCCAGCUACUGCCAUUUCUCACCCUCCCCACUCCUCCCCGGGGCAGAGUUUGCACAAAGUCCCCCCAUAGUACAGGGGGAGUCACUUGGGGGGCAGGAGGCAGGGAGGGGGUCUAUUCCCCCUGGUGGGGCUUGGGGGGCUGUAGUUGCCCCCUCCUCUCCUCGCCUCUCGCUCUUCAAUAAAAGGAUCUUAAACUGUU